AUGAUCAUGGCGUGUAAGAUGUCCGCGGCGCGUAAGAUUGUGGCGGUGGUCCCGUACUACUUCUACAGCAAGCAGAGCAAGAAGAAGGAGGGCCGACGGGGAAUCCCAGCUAAGCUGGCUGCGGAUAUGCUGAAGGUUGCAGGAGCUACGCACGUUGUGUGCCUGGACCUACACGCGUCUCAGAUCCAAGGCUUCUUCGACAUCCCGUGCGACAAUUUGAAGGUGGAGCCGUUUUUCAUCAAGUACAUCACUGAGAACAUCCUGGCAGAUGAGGAGACGGACUAUGUCUGCCUGGCCAAGAAUGCCGGGGCUGCAAAGCGUGCUGGUUCGAUAGCUGCCAGUCUUAAGCUCGGUUUGGCCAUGAUCAACCAUGAGUUUCAGGGCGAUGGCGUUCGAAAGUGCCUGGACAGUGGAACCGAGAGCGUGUUUACGGGCAAGGAGGAGUAUGGGUUGCUAGGCAAUGUUCACGGCAUGAACGUCAUCAUAAUGGAUGAUUUGAUCGAUAAGCCAAAGUCCUUCAUCCACGCCGCCAAGAUCGUUAAGGCCAUGGGCGCCAAGAAGGUGCUGGUGAUAGCUACGCAUGGCGUUCUAUCUGGUACUGCGCUUUCUCAAUUACAACGCAGCUGUAUAGACAAGGUGAUCGUCACGAAUUCAGUGCCCCAGGCAGAACGUGCCAAGCAGUACUCCAAACUGGUUGUGGUGGAUAUCAGCCCGUUGCUUACUGAAGCCAUGCGGAGAAUAUUCUUUGGCGAAUCGCUGUCGUUCUUGGGCAAGAAUGUGCCGUUGUAA